GCCCGCCCUGACUCACUCUCCUUGCUGACCGGGAAACUCUGUAGGAGUCCGGGUCGCUCCACUCUCGGAGACCUAGGAGUUUGGGUCCAGGAGUCCAUUUCGGAGCGGCAAGAUGAUCCCAGUAGCCGAAUUCAAGCAGUUCACAGAACAGCAGCCUGCAUUCAAGGUGCUCAAACCCUGGUGGGAUGUGUUAGCUGAGUACCUUACAGUGGCAAUGCUCAUGAUUGGAGUCUUUGGCUGCACCCUCCAGGUGACACAGGACAAGAUCAUCUGCCUGCCUAGUCAUGAACCCCGGGAGAACUUAUCUGAUGCCCCCUGCCAACAGCUGUUGCCACGAGGGGUCUCUGAACAUAUGGGGGACCUCCGAGGGUUAAGUGGCCUCAAGAACAAUUUGGACCUGCAGCAGUAUAGCUUUAUUAACCAGCUGUGCUAUGAGACAGCCCUCCACUGGUAUGCCAAGUACUUCCCCUACCUUGUUGUCAUUCACACACUCAUCUUCAUGGUGUGCACCAGCUUCUGGUUCAAGUUCCCAGGCACCAGCUCCAAGAUUGAGCACUUCAUCUCCAUCCUAGGCAAGUGUUUCGAUUCCCCAUGGACCACAAGGGCAUUGUCUGAGGUAUCUGGAGAGAACCAUAAGGGCCCAGCUACUGGACGAGCCACGGCAAUUGUGGUGGCCACUGCUGGGACCGGGUCAGGAAAGGCCAGUGAAAGUGAGAAAGAGAAGGUGCUGGUAGAAGCAGAGAAGGUGGUGACUGAGCCUCCAGCUGUCACACUGCUGGACAAGAAGGAGGGUGAGCAGGCUAAAGCCCUAUUUGAGAAGGUCAAGAAGUUCCGUGUGCAUGUAGAAGAGGGUGACAUCCUGUAUUCCAUGUACAUCCGACAGAUGGUGCUCAAAGUAUGUAAGUUCUUUGCCAUCCUGGUUUACAACUUAGUCUACGUGGAGAAGAUCAACUUCCUGGUGGCCUGCAGGGUAGAGACUUCAGAGGUCACUGGGUAUGCCAGUUUCUGCUGCAACCAUACAAAAGCCCACCUUUUCUCCAAGUUGGCCUUUUGCUACAUCUCCUUUGUGUGUGUUUAUGGCAUCACAUGCCUGUAUACGCUCUACUGGCUUUUCCACCGGCCCCUCAAAGAGUAUUCCUUCCGUUCUGUGCGCGAGGAGACUGGCAUGAAUGACAUUCCUGAUGUCAAGAAUGACUUCGCCUUUAUGUUGCACCUCAUUGACCAGUAUGAUUCACUCUACUCUAAGCGCUUUGCUGUCUUCCUCUCUGAGGUCAGCGAAAGCCGCCUGAAGCAACUCAACCUCAACCAUGAAUGGACCCCUGAGAAGCUGAGGCAAAAGUUGCAGCGAAAUGCAAGGGGCAGACUGGAACUGGCCCUCUGCAUGCUCCCUGGGCUUCCUGAUACUGUCUUUGAGCUCAGUGAGAUGGAGGCACUCCGGCUGGAGGCCAUUUGUGAUAUCUCCUUUCCCCCAGGGCUCUCACAGCUGGUAAAUCUUCAGGAGCUAAGUCUGCUUCACUCACCAGCCAGACUCCCCUUCUCCUUACAGAUCUUCCUGAGGGAUCGCCUGAAGGUGAUCUGUGUCAAAUUUGAGGAACUCCGAGAAGUGCCCCUCUGGGUGUUUGGUUUGCGUGGCUUGGAGGAGCUAUACCUGGAAGGACUCUUUCCCCCAGAGCUGGCUCGGGCUGCCACCCUUGAGAGCCUCAGAGAGCUGAAGCAGCUCAAGGUGCUGUCCCUGCGUAGCAAUGCUGGGAAGGUGCCAGCCAGUGUGACUGAUGUAGCUGGACAUCUGCAGAGACUCAGCCUGCACAAUGAUGGGGCCCGCUUGCUCGCCCUGAACAGCCUCAAAAAACUAGUGGUACUGAGGGAGCUGGAGCUGGUGGCCUGUGGGCUGGAACGCAUCCCCCAUGCGAUCUUCAGCCUGGGCGCUCUGCAGGAACUUGACCUCAAAGACAACCACCUGCGGUCCAUUGAGGAGAUUCUCAGCUUCCAGCACUGUCGAAAGCUGGUCACACUCAGAUUGUGGCAUAACCAAAUUGCAUAUGUACCAGAGCAUGUGCGGAAGCUGAGGGGCCUUGAGCAACUCUAUCUUAGCCACAAUAAGCUAGAGACCCUGCCCACCCAGCUGGGCUUGUGUUCUGGUCUCCGUUUGUUAGACGUAUCCCACAAUGGACUUCGUUCCCUGCCCCCAGAAGUGGGCCUCCUUCAGAACCUUCAGCACCUAGCUCUUUCUUACAAUGCUCUGGAGACCUUACCUGAUGAGUUGUUUUUCUGCCGCAAGCUUCGGACCUUGCUUCUGGGCUAUAACCAUCUGAGUCACCUCUCACCCCAUGUGGCAGUCCUCCGGGCCCUCAGCCGCCUGGAGCUUAAAGGCAAUCAAUUGGAGGUACUGCCUGAAGAACUUGGCGAUUGCACAGGACUGAAAAAGUCAGGGCUUCUUGUGGAGGACACCCUUUAUGAGGGGCUGCCUGCAGAGGUUCGAGAGAAGAUGGAAGAGGAAUGAAGUCCAGGGGAAGGGAGAGGUGGAUACAAAGUCCUUUAUGCCAGCAUUGUCUUCCAUAGGAGAGGAGGAAACAGAUGUGUCAGUUUUGUGUGGCCCAGGCAAAAUCCUAGGACUGGUCUGUCUGGGGUGGAGGUGGGGGACAGGAGAUUGUGUAUUUGGGGUGGAGCCCCAUAGGGAAGGAUUUUCAGACCAAAACCACACCUGUAUCUUUGGCAGGCUUUCCUGUCCUUCCUCUGAACAUUCCAGUUCAAUUAGUAUCACCUAUGGGAGUGAAGACACAUCCCAAUGGAAUUUUCAACCUAAAUCUGGGGUUCUCUCCCAGGGAGGGGACACAGACACAAGGACCCAGCUCCUGAUGCCCCUUAUUCCAACUUUGAUGCCACAGAGACAGGUAGUUUUUAGACAGUGGUUCUUGGGUUUGGUUAUGUAUCAGAACCAACUGGGAGCUAGGACAAAACAAAACACCCAUGUCCCACCCCUAAAAAAUGGACCCAGGAUUAUUGGGUGGGAGGCAGGAACCUGCUCAUAAGUAAGUAUGCCAACUGAUUCUGAUGCAAGUGGUGCUGGGGCUGUAUCAUGUUGACCUGUAAUAGAUUAUUGAGCCAUGAAUGGUGGUGUAUAUCUAUAAUCCCAGCACUCAGAAGGUGGAGGUGGUAUGACCACGAGUUUGAAGACAGCUUGGGUGACAUAGAGAAGCUUGUGUUGAAAACAAAAUGAAUGGAAAAGGAACAUAUAUCCAAAUGUCUAGACUCUUGAGUUCCUUUUAGGUCCUAAACCCUUUGAAAAUUCCAUGAAGCUGAGUACCUCCUCCCUCAGGAAAUGCUUAUAUAACAUACACAUGAAACUGCAAAUAAGGUCAGGCAGUCACAGAUUCCCCCAAAGAACUAUUUUUUCUUAAGUUUUUCAUAAGGUUGAUAGACUCUAAGUUAGAAACACCUGUUGUGGAUUUAAGGAAAGUGUAAGAGAAAAGUAAAAGAAAAUACUGGUGGACUUGAUCUCUACAGACUGUUUAUUUAGAGAAAACAGCGAGGGGCAGCAGUUUUUGCUUGGGAAGGAGGCUGUAGCACUGAGCCAGGCUAGUGUGUAAGUUUAUAAGGAAAAUCAUAAGAAAAACAGACUGUACUAGGUGCAGUUGAUAAGAAAAGUGUAGCUGUUUGUGUCCUUGUUAAGCAUAGGCUUCUUCAGCCAGGAAUGUCUAAGGGAGGAUACUCAGAUGGUCUCUGGUCCCUCAAGGCCAUAUAGGCUAUAAUAAGGGGAGUACCUCAAUAAGGGAAGGGUGCCAUACUUGAUGAGGUCAAAUGCCUCUUUGCCUUCUAUUGCCCACAAGCUUUAGGGAUAGUUAUUAACCUUUAGUUCCCUUUAGUUUUCAGGGAAGGCUAUAAACCCUUCAGUGGGAACUACAUUUUUAAAAAAUUUAUAAUCACAAAGGGGGUCAGGGAAUAAAUGGGCACAAAAGGGCCUCCUACCACUGCAAAUGAACUCCAGAUACAUGCACCGCUUUAUCUGAUUUUACUUUGAUAUUGGGGAAUCAAAUGGAAUCAAACCGGGCCAUCAGGGUUUACAAGUGCCUUUAACUCCUGAGCCCUCUCUCCAGCCCUGCUUCCCCCCACCCCCAGCACACAUAGAGACUUUCUUUUCGAUGUUCCCUAUGUAAGGGAACAUAUACCAGUGAGUACUUAAUAAAUGAGAAGUAUGAUUCUGACUUUUCUGUGCA